AUGAAACAUAACAAAUAAUAGAGCCACUAUAUUCUGGACUUCUAAGAUAUUGAAGACAUAUCAGAUAAUGAAUCAGAAAGUUCUAAACAGUCAAAUCAACAAUAAUAAAUAAAUUAAUCAACUCCAACUCCUAAUCGAAUAGAAUUAUAGAUACCCAAUUUACAAGUUAAAAAAGAAACAGUAGAAAUUCCAUCCAUUUUGAUAUAAGAGGAUGAAGAACCUGUAAUCAGACGAAAGUAGGAUAUUCAUAAACAAUAAUGGUAAGUCAACUUUGAUGAAUUAUCGGAAUAGGAAUUAGAAGAAAGUGACAGGUCAGAGGUUGCUAUAGAGAUACAGAAAGACCCUAGUCCACUUACUAUAGCAGUUGAAGAACCUUAAUAUAUUGAAUAAUAUUUUGAUGAUCAAAAUGUAAUAGAAGAGAUAGAUAUUGAAUAAGAGUAAUUAAAAAUGGAAUAAAGGAAGGAAUAAUUGAAAUAAGAUUUAAUAACAAAAUAAUAACAAAAACAAAUUACAAAAGUUCAAUAGGUUCAAAUGGAAUAAUAAAGAGUUUAAGAAAUUGUAAAUUUAUCAAUAAAUAAAAAUAUAGAAAUAAAGUAAAGGUAUAAAUAGAAAUUUUAUAAUCCUAAAAAUUCAUUGUUAUAUUUAAGAUUAAAAGGUAGGGAAGAUUUGUAUAAAAAAUAAGAGUAAAUUAUUGAUGAUUAGACUAAACCUGUAGAAUAAGAUGAAUAUUUAGAAGGUUUAGAAUGUAUUAAUAAUUUAUUAAUUGGAUUAUCUAAAAUAAAAGAUAAGAAACUUGGUAUUAUUGAAAAAUAGAAAAUAUUACCAUUGUAAAUCCAAAGACAUCGUUUAGAUGAGAAAGGUGAUCAUCAUAAAGAAUCUAAAAUAUAGAAUAAGGAUGAAAGAGACAAAGAUUUAGAAUAGUAAAAGAAGAAUUAAAAUGAAAAAUAAACAGAAUAAGUUAUAAAAUAAUAAUAAUUAUAAGAGGCACAAUUAGCUAGAUAGAUUAGACAUGAAAAGUAAUUACAGGAUAAAGAAAAGUAAAAAUUAUUAGAAUAAAGAUAAGUUUAUAAAAUAUUAACAAAGAAAUAAAUAAAUUAAGGUUUAAUUCUAUAUAGAUGUUAGUUAAGAUAAAAGUAAAAAGACUCAAUUAAAUGGUUAAGAUAUUCAGAAAUUGCUUUAAUAAGUAAAGGGGAAAGUGAGAUCUUCAAUUUUGAGAAGAGAAUUUCAGAUCAAUUGUUUAUGUAAUAACACAAGAGUAAUAUGAGGUCAGUCUUAAUAACCAAAUAAGCAAUGUUUGAUAUAGUCACAAUUCAUUAUGUUAAAGAAUAAAAGGAAGUUAAUGAAUUUGAAGAAAAAGAUGUUAUUAAUAAUGAAAUGGAAAAUCUUAAUUUGUCUAUUAAUUAAGAUAAAUUAGUAAACGAAAAGAAAGUUAUAAAAAAUAAUAAUAGAAAGAAGAAAGUUUAAGAAAAUCAAAAGAAUAGGGAUUAGGAGAAACAACAGUCAUAAAAAGAGAAAUAGUAAUAAUUAGAUUAAUUACAAUAAUAUGAUACAAUACAAAAAUAAGAUAAUUAAUAAAAAGUUAAUGAACAAUAAUAAGAUAUUAAGAGAACAAAAAAUAAAAUUAGUUAUUAAGAGAGUGAUGAGGAAAAGAAUGAUGAGGAUCUUUUGGAUGCUGAUUGUAUAUAAAUAUAUAAAAUUACUUAAGAUAGAUAAAGAAAAUUAGAUAAAAAAGAUAAAGAAUUGAAAUAAUAAUAAAAUAAUUAGUAAUAGAUUGAAGAGUCAAAAUAAAUUGAAUUAAAUGAAUUUGGUUAAAAUAAUAAUAAUUAGUAAAUUAAAGAAUUAAAAAAAGUAAAGAAUCAAAAAAUAAAGGAGUGUCCAUUAAGUAGAUUAGAAACAAAUGAUGAGAUAAAAAAGAAAUAAUAAAUUAAUUAAAAAAGAAAAGAAAAACGUAGAUAGGAAUAUCAAUAAUAUUUAAAUGAAAUAGAAUAAGAAUAAUUAAAUGAACUUGCUAUCUCUAAAAACAAAAAAGCUACUAAAGAUACCUAAAAUUAAAAAAUUAAUAAAUAAUUAAUAAGAUAAACAAAUAAUAAGAAAAGAAGUAAUAAAUAAGAAACAGAAAAUAAAGAAGUUUAAACUAAUGUAAAUAAUUCAAAUGCUACAAAACAAAAAGAACAAUUAAAUACUAGUGAAAAUAAAUCAACAUCUUCUAAAUCAUCACCAAAAGGAGAAUCUAUUGAAUCUGGAUAUGUUUCAUCAAAACGUAUAUAUGAAAAAAAAGAUCAAAACAAAAAAAGACUCAAAAUUAUUGAAGAUGAUGAAUCAGAAUUUUAUGAAUAGAAUGCUAAAUAAAAUGAAAAGAAACAAAAGAAAAAAAGAGUAAGAUAAAAAUGA